AUGGACGGCUCAUCGGAUCCAAGAUUCCGCAAUGACAUAGCAUCUACACCUCCAAUGAACGCCAUUCAAGAGGAAGAAUCACCAAUGUCUAGUGAACCUAGAUUGUUCACACAGAUAGAUGAUACAAAUAUAUUGAAUAGAAAUGGCAGCAAUAGACAAAGUUCUACAUUCCCGGUCUUAAAUAGUUCCAAUUUAGAACUAGCAGCAACAGAAUAUAAUAAUGCCAAUAAUAAUAUCAAUGGCCAAGUACCAUUAUCUCAAACAAGACCUAUCUUUGCAUCACCUCCUUCAUUAUUAUCGCGCCCUAAUUCUGCAUUUUAUUCCAAUGGUGAUGGCAAUAAUUCAAGUUCAAGUAUCAUCUAUAAUCCAUCCUUUACAUUUGGUGAAAAUGUUCCGCCAAAAAUCCAACAACAGCAACAACCACAUAGUGGUACACCUCCCACUAGUAAAAAUAGCACUAAUAGUCGUCACGAUCGUCAUCAUAGGCGACAAUCUCUGAAAUAUAUUCCUGGAAAUAAGUUACCAACAGCUCCACCAUUGACAAGAUCCAAAUCACCUACCAGAUUAACACCUUCAGAUGUCAUAUCACCUUCUAAAAGAUCUUCAUUAAUUUUAGACUCUCCAUUCGAUUUCACUUCAACUUCAUCGUUGGCUCCACAAUUGCCACAACAGAAUCAAACAUCAAGAGCAUCCUUCCGUAAAGGUCAUCGUUACAAACAUUCUUCUGUAUCCAUGAAUUUCUUCCAAGAACCUGAAGUGAAAAUACCAUUAAAUAUUGCCAAAUCAUUACCAAUCCCAAAUUUUAAAGAUCUUUUGAAAAAUUUACCAUGGCCUAAAUCACAUUUCCAAUUAUUAAUAACAAGUUUACAAAUGAUUUCAUGUAUUGUAACAUUCCAAAUAGGUCAUUCCAAAUCUUGGAAUAAUUUUAUUACUUUAUCACAUUUUAUAACUUAUGAUAUCCUAGGUUCUUUAGUCAUUAUAUUCGUCGAAAGUUUGUCUCAAUUCGAAGUUUGGUCCACUGGUACAAUAACUUUCCCCUUUGGUUUAAACAGAAUGGAUGUCCUAUUAAGUUUCGCACUUGCCGUUUCAUUAUGUUUUGUUGGUUUAGAUCUUUUAUUCCAUAUCUUAGAAGAAUUCAUCGCCAUAUUUGUUGAGGCUACAUCAGAUAUCAAUAAUCUAGGGCAACAACAUGAUGAAAUUGCAUCACAAAUACCUCAUUCUCAUCAUUCUUCAAUUGAUCAAUUAUCACUCUCUGGAGAACAUUUGAAACUUUGGUAUCUAAUACUCUCCAUCAACUUAUUCCUAGCAACGUUAUCGUUAUAUAAAAUAUUUUACGCUAAUAAGAAUAGUAAAUUGAAAACUAAAAAUCCAGUGAUAACAAUAACCUACACAUUAUAUUUGUUAAUGUAUCCCUUAUUAGUAAUUAAUUCAUUUUUAUUUACCAUUUCUGAUUUUUUGGCAACUUUUUCAAUUGCAAUUUUCAUCUUAAUUCAUGGUUUAACUAUCGCAGAAUGGACUUCAACAAUUUUAUUAAUGGGAUUUUCAACUACUACUUUAUCAGGUUUAUCUCUUUUACAUGUAGAAGAUACUAAAAUUGAAACGAAAAAACAACAAGUAAGACAAAGAUCACGUAGUACCCUCCCGAUUGCUGUUUUAAAUUCCAACAAAUCAUCAAUAACUUCACAUAAUGAUGGGAUGCUUACAUUCACAUUUUUAAAUUCGAUAUUUAAAUGGGGGAAAAAUUCACAAUAUCUUAAUAAACAUCCAAGCGCUAUAAAAUCAUUAAUUAAGGAACAAAUUGAAAAUUUACCUGAAUUUAAAUCAAGAUGUCAUCUUGAUUAUAAAAAUUUGAAUAUUAUUAAAGUUAAUUUUAACCUUUAUGUCGUAUUGAUUAAAUUAUUGUUGAAAGGUGGAUCAAAUGAUGAUGAAUUAUUGUUGAGAAUAGCUAUUGAUAAAUGUAUAAGAAGAAAUUUAGAAUCUGUUGAAACAACUAUAGAAAUUGAUAGAGUAUAG